CCUGACUUGCAGGCUGUAUUCUCCUACCUGUAGAUUAGAGCAGGUGCGAAUUUGAUCAUAAUUCUUGCUGUUUUGUCAAGCUCGAAUAAUAAAAACAUAAUAAAAAUCAUACUGAUUUUAUAGGAUUUUUGUCGGUAUUCGCAAACGCGUCGGUAUUUUCUACUGCUGACGACAAUGAUGUUUCAUUUACAUUAACAAAAGAUGAUGGGAAAAUUAUACCAAACAACCAGAACAAACGUGAAGUUGACCUAAUUGCUAGAGAUUCGAUGCGGAAUAUUGAUGAAACAAAAACGGAGGAAAGUUCAGAUGGUAAGAUUACGACCUUUGAGGCAUUUUGGAACAUUUGUAAUACAAUCCAGGGUUUUCCGAUUCUUUCCAUCGCAUAUGUCAUCCAGUGUGGCGGAAUUGUGUCAAUCAUCUCUUUGCUUGUCGUGUCAGUUACUUCAUGUUAUACCAGUUAUUUGAUAGUCGCGUGCAUGUACGUGUAUAACAACAAUGGAGAACUUGUGCGUGUUCACUAUUCGUUUGCGAACAUCGGAAGUGCUGUGUGGGUAAAAGGAGGAGGCACGUUAGUUCUUGUGAUCCAAUUUAUCCAACUUUCACUUAUAUGUUCAUUAUGUUCAUUCAUCGUCAGUUCUGUCCUUCAUACACUUUUCUGCCAUCUUGGAGUCCCCCCCUGGAUUUGGAUACUUCUCAGCGCCUUACCAUUUUUGCCCAAUGCUUUUAUCACCAACCUGUCGCAAGUUACCUGGACGAGUAUCGUGGUGAUAGUUUCCGCUGGAAUCAUAUUUGGAAGUGUUCUGAUCUAUAGCCUUACACAUACUUACAAAUGGAACUGGUCAGUGUUACUGACAUUCAAUGUUGAUAAAUUUCCAGUCGCCGUAAUGUGGCUCAUGUCCAGUUACUUCUCUCAGCCUUAUGUGGCGGUUAUUGAAGAAUCAAUGUCUGUUAAAAAGAGAUUUGGUCCCAUCUUAAUCCUGUCCUUCCUUGGAAUGACUUUGAUUAACUUUUGCAUGGGUAUUAUUGCAGCUGCCACCUUCUUUCCUGCAACAAAAGAAGUGAUAACCGAUAACCUUCCUGCCGGUCCCUUCAGAAUCCUGGUCGCAUUAACCGCAACCAUCCUCUCGAUCGCAUCGUUCACGCUGCCAGUGUUCACUGUGUUCGAAGUACUAGAGCAUUUCUGCAUCGACAAUCAGCUAAUUGAAGAUAAAAGAUCAGAAAAUCGUCCUUCAGCACGUCAAGUUAUGUACCGUUGUUUUAUAAUCGCAAUGACAAUUCUACUUGCUACACUUCCGAAUUUUUCCCAAUUGGUUGCAUUUCUCAGCAGUUUCACAGGGACGAGUUUAGAAGUGAUUUUUCCAUCCUUGUUUCAUAUAAAGCUAUGUUACCACCGUAUGACAUUAUGGCAACUCGCCCUCGACGUUCUCAUUUUGAUAUUUGGCGUAACGAUGCUUGCAUGUGGUUUGUACUUAUCCCUAAGGACCCUUGUUAUAAGGAAUUCAACAGUUGAUCACGCUCCUCCUCAUCUACAUCAUUAUAUAGUAAAAGCCGUUGUAGAGGUGCAGUAGAAAUGAAGGAUGUAUUACUCCAAAAAUACGUACGCAAUUUUCGGGAAAACUAUACGUAACUAUUUCAUAGCUAAUCAGGUAUUUUAGACAGUUUUUGGUCAUAGUAAAUGCAUCCGCGAUGGCCGCGUAAGAACCUGCAUGGGGGAAAACCUGCACGCCUCUCGUGUAGCCUUAGUAUUCUAUAAUACUUUUGUCAAACGGGCGGCAAUACGAACCCACUGGUUUAUUAAAUAGGCUCAUUUGCAUGCACAAAAAGCUAAGGAGGUCUAUAGAGCAUUCAGGGGCGUAGAAACCGGGGGGGGGUAAACAUUGAUAUGCUCUCCUGAAGGAUACGAGCUUCAUCUAAAUUAAUAUAGUAAAAAUGAGACAAAGUUUAAAACGAUUUUUUUAGAAGCUAUGUGUGCUUGCCACUUGCGAUAUUCACACGUAAUAAGAACGGCACUCAGUAAUGCAUUCAACUGAAAUGUUUUAUAAUUUUUAUAUUAAAAAGUAGAAAUGUAUACUGAAUGCUGAAUGUGGUAAGAAUAAAUACCACCGACUUCCAUAACUAUAUACAACUAUACAAUAAAUUCAAUCUAACUUUUUAUUAAUUACACAUUACGCUUUAUCUGCCAUCUUAAAAAUGAAAGAAUUCUUGGUAUACGAUCAGUGUGAAUGUGUGGUAUAUUAAAGUUCUUUUUUAAACAAUUUCUCGCAUAUCAUGCACGCAUAACAAGUUGUGAUGUUCAUCAAUUGGCCAUAUAUAUAUAUAUAUACAUUCAAACUUUCACCCGCUGAACAAUAAUCUACUCCUUGCGCAUGCUUCGGGAGGGCUGGUACAUUGUUAUUGUUGAUCGAUCGAACACAUGCAUAUAUAUGAAAUAAUAUCGGAUCUGCAGUUGCAUGGCAUCGACCUUAGCCCUCUUUAACUGAACUUAAUAACAUAGUCUAGAUCUCUUAUUGGCUUCUUGAUGACCUCUUCGAUAUGAGCGCUCCAUGUAAAAUGAUUACUUAGGCCUUGCUUAUUCCCCACAAACAAACGUCGCGUUUUGGUCGCGUCGAAUGCAAUUCAAACAAUAGAUAAUGAGAGAAUUGCAUUAAUUCGACGUUACCAAAAUGCGACGUUUAACUAAGGGCUGCUUUCCAGUUACGCGUUUCAGUUUUAUGUACGCACGUA